CUCACAACUACAGCUCGACUGUCUGUGCGAAGAAGUCAGGGACGCAGCUGACAAACGCAUCUACGCACCAGUGCACGUGAAAGGUCGACGCCAAGAUAUUUCGCCUGGCGGUAAUACGUUUCUCAUCGUCUCUACUCUUGAGACGACAUUUUCCACAAAACAAACGCGAAAAAGAUGGAGUCGCACACACGAAAAAUGAAUGCUGAAGGCGACCCCCACGCCCCGACUCUCUAUCACGCCGUGGAGCACGACUUCGGUGUUCCCACCGGGCGGGGCAUGAAAGCUUUGAAAGCCCUCCAAAAAGGCGACGUUGUUUUGGAACUACCGUCAGAGAAUCUGGUCACGCCGAAGAAGUGCCGGGAGUUUCUGACGGACUAUUUCAGCAGACCUAAAAAUGUUGAUCCUCCAACGAGGGCGGAGGUGGAGGUCACAACUAGCAAGGCCAAGGCCACCGAAAUAUUGAAGACGCAGAACAGUACAAGUACUAGUUCCUUCUCCAAGUUCUAUUCCACCUGGUUCGAGCACGACCAGAACGGGCAAUAUUUCUUCGUGCGAAUUUCGCCAGACUUUGCCGCAGUGCAGAAUGCUUGCCGUGCCUCCGGGAUCGAUGAGGAGUUUGAUGUCUAUCGGAAAAAAUUCCUCGGCAAGGUUGUUCUGGUGAAAGAGGUGGACCCCAGCGACGAGAGUUUUUCGGUCGUGGACACGGGAUCUUCAGCAGCAACAGCGGAUGUGAAGACGGCGCUGUGGUUUGGGUUCUCUGGAGGGGCGGUUGAAUUCGGGAUGGAUUGUGGGGUUGUGUCAGACGAGAAUGAGAAUAACAAGAUCCUCGAUCUUGUUCUGCAACAACGAGAACACAUACAAGCAGCACUGCAGGCGGUUUCCGACGAGAAUGCGAUGGUUUUGGCGGUGUUGUUUGGGAACAAGUUCUUUCAAAAGAAGGAGAUGAAACACAGCGGUGGACGGGGACAAGCACAAAACUCAACAGCUGCACGACGACCGGCGGACGAGCCACCACUUCCUCAGCUCAAGCACGAAAGUCUCUUCCACCAGCUCCUUUCCGAGCUGCCGGUCGAAAACGUGAACAUGUGUUGCGAGUGGCAAGACGCAGAGAUCGAAUUUUUGAAGCCUUGCGAAAAAAUCUACAGUAGCGCGAAGGAGCAGAAGGCGCAAGUACUGCAGUCUAUGGGGAAAUGUGUGGGCGUGUUGCGGUAUUUGGAGUCGGAAAUUGAUGUGCAAGCGCGACAUAGUAGACACAAGAACGGUACUAGUAGCUCGGCAGAUGGUGCUGGCCAAGAAGAGAAGGACGAGAAAGACUGCGCGGGCAGCGGUUUAUUUCUUCGCAAUGCUUUUUCCUUCACGAUCCGCGAAUUUGUGCACGCCUGGACCCGCGUCGCCUCCCGACACCGGGCGGCGGAGGCAUUUCCGAAUCUGGUCGAAAAAGGGGUGGACGGGAAAACGUUGAUGAUCGUGGGCGGGGCGGACAUGUUCAAUCACAGUUUGUCGAUUGAACCGGGAAAUUCGACCGUGGAACAUGUGAGUCAAUAUGAUGAACCGAAUUCGUCAACAUCCUCGUCCCGCAUUAUUAAAGAACACACGAAAACAUCAAAUAAAUCCGUCCAGAUCCUGUGUCAGCAGGAGAACGUCCCUGCCGGUGGGGAGGUUUUCAUUUCCUACGGCGACAAACCGAACGAGGAAUUGCUGCUCGGGUACGGGUUUGCACUGGAUCAGAACCAGUUUGACGCGUUCGAAAUCGUGAUCGGCCUGGAGAAAUACGAUCAAGCGAGAAGAAGAAUUGUACCAGGCACUGCAGGGCUGCACCAGCAGAGAAGUAAAUCCAUUACCGAUUUACGACUGGAGGUGACGGGGUUCUUGCUGCAGAAGGGACUGGAAAGAAAAGAAUUGGAGAUGCUGCAAGACGAGGAACGAGAGGACGACUGUAGUCAUGGCGGCGAUAGUACAAGCACAUCAGCCACGUCGGUUGUGUUUAAAUUGAGGAAACAAGAUGAUAGACGAGCACGCGGGUUGACCACGACGACUAAUUGCUCUUUCCCGAAAACGCUUCUCGCAAUCAGCCGAUUGGAGAAGAUGAGCGACUUAGUGUUGGAAAAAAUUUGGAAGCUAAACCACUGGAACAACAGGACGACUUCGGCGAAAAAUACCAGUGGCAUGAUUCUUACCGGUGGACCUUCUUCAUCUUCCGGCGCACAGAAGUUGGCCGAUUAUCUCUGCAAUCAUGGGCUUUGCCCUGUAGAUGCCUCUGCAACUCCUGAUAGCUGCAGCAGACAAGAACGGAUACGCAACUCCCGCUGGUCGAAGAUAACAGAGGCGUUUGGUGGAAGCAGUGCCAGGGAGGACGGCAUCAAAACUCCUGUCGCUGAUCAGGAGGAAAACGAAGUUGAGCAGGCAAAAGAAGACGAGGACCACCAGCACCUGGACCUGCUUCCAGUGGAUAUCCAGGUGUUGGGUUCUCUGCGGAAGCACUUUCUCAACACGUACGGGGAGAUUGUGGAGAAGGAAAAAACAGCAAAAGCCGCAGCAGUGACAUGGUCAAAAACUUCUACGGAUGAAAAUUUCAACACCAACUUGACGGACAAUCCAAAAUUCCAGAUGGCAAAGAUUAUCAUCGACUCGCAGAAGCAGAUCCUGCGAGAAUCAAUAAAAUUUCUCGAUCAGCAACUGGUGGAAGAUUGCCUGCCAACAGCGGUGCGCGCAGUGAGGAACAUGAUUGGUGGAAAUAAUCAACCUAGAUGUGACAGUACAACAUCCCCAACCUCUAGUACUUUUUUCGCGAAGAAGGAACAGGAAAGGCAACAAGCCUGUUUUGACCUCGUUUUGCAGAAGGACCUGGAAAACGAAGAGAGGAUUCAAGGCGACACUGUAGCCCUGUUUCAAUUCUUCCACAGCGAGAUCAUGAAACCGAUCAGCAAAGGAACACCUACAGAGCUACCUGUAGUUGCAGGCUUGACGACACUCUGUCCCAUAACCUCGUUCUGGGCGGAGAUUUGCCUGCUGUGCUUUUCGCCGAUGGGGAACUCUAUCAACCAGAAAAAUGGAGCUUUUGCUUUGAGCCGAGCUGCCUUUUCAACAGCUCUUAGCGGGAAUGAUAGAGUUAUUUCGGACAACGACAAAAUUACUACCCCAUCGGAGCAAACACGCGAUGACUCUGAGAUUGACGACACCGCAGCUGGUACUUGCGCAACGGACACCAGCAAGAAGAAUAACCUUGUCGCCUACCACGAUCUCUACCUGCAAAAGCUUUCCUACUGGGGGAAAUAUCUCUUUUCCCAGUUUCUCUCCAACAAUUUCAGGCCGCUGAAGCAGCAGGAGAUGAAUGUGAUGGUCCAGGAAUCCCUGGAUUUGCGGAAACAGCACGCUUGGUCUGUCGUGACGGAAAGAAUCGCGGAAAAGUUUUUUGAGAUUCACCAGCAGAGCAAACAAAUCUUCCCUAUGGUCGAAGUGGGCGCGGGGCACGGAUUGUGGGCGAAAGUUCUGAAUGAUGAGGAGCUGAGACAGAAGUGGGAAAAGAGGAACCAAUGUGCUGGUUUGUUGAAUAAAUUGUGGUCCGAGGGACGACGUCAAUCGAAGUCUCCUGCAUUGAACCUUUUGGUGGAAGCGUACGAUUUGGGGAGGUGGGAAGACAAAUAUUGUCUUGCAACAGCUGUUGCUUCAUGUGAGGAGGCCGGCGGCGGGGGCGGAGGUGGCGGUAGUGCUGCCGCCGCUGCGGACGCCUGCACCGCCGCGGAUGAAAAGCGCACCGGAGACAACCUGGACGCGACGUCAGCUUCCCAACGCAGUCAAGUAUUGGGCGAAAGUGAAAGAACCGAAAUUUUCCGAGGCGGUCCCGAAGUUUUAAAGAUCGACAACGAGGAGGAUGCAGCAACCCGCCUGCAGUCGAAGAACACGCUGUUUCUCUCCUGGCCGGACUACGAGGGAAAGGGCACUUUCGGCUACGAGGCGGUGAAAAAUUGGACAGAGACGUGCUGUAGAUUUCAGGGCACAGAACACGUGGAGGGGAGCAGGGACAAAUUUUCAAGCGCGAGGACUACUGGUACGGGUAUUACAACGGCAGGAGCUACAAAAUCUUCCAAGUUUCUCAUCCUAGUCGGCGACUUUUUUUACAACCAGGCGUUUUCGAAGGAAUGCAGGGCCUACGUUGACACCCAUUACACAGAACUGCGACACCUCUCGGAGUCGUUGACAGAGCUUCUGCCGCGUUGGCCAUUGGCCCGGGACGAAAUUCGUGUGUAUCAGCUGAAUGGGUCUUGAGUGAGGUUUUCAUCCCUACGUCUGGCGACUGCGACAUCAAUGGGUCCUCGAAGCAGGAAAAAAUCCUGCACACUCUACUAAGAACAUCAGAAUACUUACAAUGUUGACCAGUGAAACAAAGCGACUCUACGCUUGUAUCUACUGUCGAAAAG